CCCCAGAUGAAGAACAGAGAGCAAGGGAUUUAUUUAUGGAGGGAACUAGCUGGUCAAAUCCGUUACAAGCAGCAUUAGGUGAAGAGCAAAUAUGUUAUAUCUAUGAAAGGAACGAUGCAGAGUAUACCUCAUCGGACAACACAGACACUGAUUUUAGUAGUUCAGACGCUGUGGGUCGGGAUUGGUCUUCAGGAGACGAAAGCUCUCAUGUGGACACAAAUGCCCAAUUAGAAAUUGAUUUCCAGGGGAUCGAGAACCAAGACCUAAUGUCAGAACAUUCGGAUGAAAGAAGCCAAGAGUCAAAUUCGCCAUCGUUACAGAUACCUGAUAUCCCUGCAGAUCUAAUAGAGCAAUCUCGAGACGAGCAAUGCUUCCCUGAAAAGGUACCGCUGGCCGAAACGAAAGAAGCGUCCCAAGACCUCCAGUCCGAUGAAAAUGACAACAAUCAAGUUAAGACACAAUCGAGUCUUGAGGAGUCCUUAGAGAAGGAAAAUACUAGCGAAUCCAGGCAGGAAAGAGAAGCGAAACGUCAACGCACGAACGAAAACUCGACAGAAAAGGGGGGCGAACUAGUGGAGCGGGUAGUUCGCAUGUCCAGAGAAGAAGUAUUGCUCCUGUCUGACCUUUUAUUGCGCAUGUUUAAACAUGACCCGAAAGAUCGCAUUGACAUCGAGGCUGUUGUCAAUCAUGAGUAUUGGGGCGACAGAAGAACCCACCGGCCUAUCAACAAUGAAGACCCCAGUGAAGAAAUCCCCGAUCCCAUAUCCUCGAGGACUCGCAGCCGGGCCUCAAAGGCUCAACAACAAGUAGAGUCCGGUUCUUCUUAGAUUAUCGGGCCAACUUUCCGAAUUAUUUCUAUCUAUUUUAUUCACGAAUUAUUUGGCAGAGCUCUGGUAUUGAAGAGAGUGGGUAUCGUAGCUGUUGGGUAUGGAAUUCUUGUUGGGGUUGACUGUCAGCUUAGGCGGAGCGGAAGUACAAAAGCAAUACUUAGAAUGUGAGAUAAAUUUAACAAAGAAUCAAGACGUAAACACCGCUACUAAAGGGACAAUAAUCACAAUGGAAUUAUAAUGACAAGAGUGUAUUUCUCGAAUAUUAUUUCCCAACAGGGGACCCCAGCCCAGGAAACGUGCACUAUUUGGAGUAGAAGUACCG